AUGCGGAGAAGCCUGGCUCCUGCGGGGAAAGUGGCGCUUGGGGAUGAGGAGGAGGGGGGGAGCGAGGACCAACCGCAGUGCCGCAUUUGCCUUGAAAGUGACGGUGCGUACAAUCGAUUUGUUGCUGCCAUAGCACCUCCGUUCUCAAGCAGUGCCGCUAUGCGUAGAAGCCUGGCUCCUCCGGGGAAAGCGGCGAUGGGGGACGAAGAGGAGGCGGAGGACGAAGACCAACCGCAGUGCCGAAUGUGCCUGGAGAGCGACAGUCGUGGUACCCUCCAUGCCUUCAGCCGCUCCACCUUCCCCCCACCAGGUCGCGUUGCGACGUCAUUGCCUCCUGCAGGUGCAAAGGCUAUGCCCAAUUCGUCCACGGGCAGGCACUGCCUGGGCAGGCACUGCCUGGGCAGGCACUGCCUGGGCAGGCACUACCUGGGCAGGCACUGCCUGGGCAGACACUACCUGGGCAGGCACUACCUUGGCAGGAACUGCUUUGUCAUGCACUACCUGGGCAGGCACUGCCUGGGCAGGCACUGCCUGGGCAGGCACUGCCUGGGCAGGCACUGCCUGGGCAGGCACUACCUGGGCAGGCACUACCUGGGCAGGCACUGCCUGGGCAGGCACUACCUGGGCAGGCACUGCCUGGGCAGGCACUGCCUGGUUGUUCGUGCCAUCAUUGCUCAUGCCACCAACCUUCUCUCUCACCCCCUCGAAAAGGUCACUCCCUCAUCGUUCCCUGCAGGUGCAAGGACUCUGCACGAUUGCUCAACACAGUUCGUUCGCACCCACGCCGCCAACUUUCCCUCUCACGCUCCCCAAACAGGGCACGACCUCAUUGCUCCCUGUAAAUGCAAGGGCUCAGCGCGUUUUGUGCACCGGCACUGUCUGGACCAAUGGCGAGCCACCAAGGAGGGCUUCGCCUUCUGCCACUGCUCCACGUGCAAGACGCGCUUUCAGCUGCGCGUGUGCCCGCCGCCCGACCCGCGAUUCCGCCAUCUCAAGUUCAGAUUCUUUGUCGCGAGGGAUUUUGUGCUCGUGACGCUGCUGGUGCAGCUGCUGAUUAUCUCUUUGGGCUGCAUUGCACCCCUCUCAUAUGACAUCUCCCUCCCACGCCUUGUGCCAACCAGGUGUGCUGUGCUGCUCUUUCUUAUCUUCGCUGGUCUGUUCGGUGACGUCAUGACGUGUGCUGGCCCAUAUCCCACCUCCCUUGUUAAACCUCCUCCUGCUCCUCUCUCCCCCCCAACAGGCGGGCUGCUCUUCCUUGUCUUGGCUGGUCUGUUCGGUGCCGACAUGACGUGUGCUGGCCCAUAUCCCAGCUCCCUUGUUAAACCUCCUCCUGCUCCUCUCUCCCCCCCAACAGGCGGGCUGCUCUUCCUUGUCUUGGCUGGUCUGUUUGGUGCCAUCAUGACGUGUGUUGAUCGCCGCUUUCGCAGCGACCUCGCAGCGCCAUGCAGAGACCUGGCGGGAUGCUGCCACCGCAGCAACGUGUGA